AUGUUGGAUGGUGAUUCUAAGGAAGAAACAAUCGCGCUUGGUCAACGAAAUUUAAUGUCGAAGACAAAUGAAGUCUCUCGCCUUAUUUCACUUGAUCUCAAUCAUCUGAACAUCGAAUCUUAUCAUGAUUUUAGUGACUUAUCUCGGGAAAAAAUCCUUCUUUUGGCAGCCACUUUCAUAUCUAUUGGUAUGAUAACUGGUCUCUUGGGACCGAUAUUUCCCUUUCUUGCUGACAACCUUUCAACUGAAUCACACUCAAUCAUACGUUUGAUCACUAUCAAAGCGGUUGGUUUUCUCUUUGCUAUCUAUUUUAGUUCAUACCUUUAUAUCUGGUUCAAUGUUUGUUGUUUACUUGGCUUAUCGUGUUUAUCGAUCAGCUUCGCUGUAUGUUCACUGGCAUUUAUAACCGAUUUAACUGCAUUUUAUCUGACUGCAUUAUUACUUGGAGUUGGCCUUGGCUUAUCUUAUCACGGUAUCGAUAUUCUUUACAAUCGGCUAUGGACUCGUUCGUCUACCUCAACUAUUCGUUGGCUACAUCUAUUAUUAGUCAUCGGUGCCAUUCUUUCAACAUUAAUAUUACUUCCAUCGACGCUGCACAAUAAUCCUGAUAGUUCAAUGACGACAAAUAUCACUCAUCCUUUGCGUCACCGUCGUGCAAUGAUCAAUGACACAACGUUCUCGUUCAAUGCAUCUUCAACAAUUCCUAAGAUUGUUACCAAACCAGUGGUCGUAGCCUCAGACAUUCUGUCCAGAUCGUCUUACACGAAACCACCUGAUGCACAACAAAUAUCUUCAUGUAUAAAAGCGUAUUGUUGCCACCAUCAAAAUAACACAUUAGUCUGUCGAGAGAAUGACAAAAACCAAUCCAAUCCAUGUCAAAAAGUGUUUUCAUCAUGUCGAAUGUCUCGUUCAAAUCUUUGUUAUCUUGAUAAAAUUAACAAUCCAUGGUGUCCAAUCGAUUCCAAAUGUGCCAACGAGACAAAAUUGAAUUGUUCCAUAGAACUCACAAACAAAACGAUCAAUGAAAGCAUAACAAAAUCAGAAAAUUGUAAAUUCUGUAACGUGACUACCGUUCUUCCUCAAACAAACGCUCGUGUACAAGUCAUCUAUCGACAUAAACCUCCGACCGCUGAUUCGGACACGGAUGAUCUUUCGAAAAACUUCUUCUAUUUAAAAAUUCGCUUAUUCUUUCAAUCCAUUACAUCUAUUCAUUAUAUUCAUUUGCUUCUAACAGGCUUAUUCUUCAUGCUGGGAAUCUUCUAUUCGAUUUUAGCCAUACGUGGUGAGAGCAUGAAUUCGUUAUCAGGGACGAACUUCAAUCCAUUAGGAUUAUUAUGUCUGAAACCUUAUUCGAUAAUCUACAAUUCUAAUAAUCACACAUCCUUGUUAUCGAACUUGUCGUCAUUGAUCUUUAUUAUUCUCCUAUGUUUAUUCUAUUUUUUUCUAUCAGGUAUCGAAACUCUAUGUAUUUAUUUAACGUAUUUAUUCGGCAUUGAAUCGAAUCUGUCCGAAAGUCACAGUUUAAUCUUACAACUCUGCUAUCUCUCCGGUCGUUUUCUUGAUUCAUUCAUUAAUUAUAUCUGGUUGCUAUUAGAUAGAUACAAAAAGAAAUCGUCGAAUAUGCUUCCAAUGAAAGUGCACAUACUUUUACGCUUGAUUAUUUUAUUUGUGAUCUGUUUAACGAACUUAUAUUAUCGGCGACUCAACUUUCUCUUCUUUUCAAUUGGAUUCCUAUUGAUGUCGUUAUCCAGUUUGGUUUUAACGUGUAUCGAACGCGAUUUAUGUUUGAGUGAAAUCUUCUCUCGAUUGAUUUUAUUCACAAUCAUCGUCAGUGAAAUGACCUUCCCGAGAUUAUUCUUUGAUAAAAUUGAAUAUUUAAUCGAAUUCUACCUGUUAAUUGGUUUAGCAUUGCUGAUGUGUUUGUUUCUGAUGAUUCUGUACGUAAGUAGAAAGUGGCAACGAAAUUCAAUGUAUCGUUUAGUAUCGACGUCGAUGAAUUCGAAUGAUAUGGAAUCUCAAGAAAACUCCGAUAACGAAAGACUAAAAGAUACGAAAUUACAGUGA